GCGAGCUUGACCUUAACCUUGACUAAACGCAUGUUCGACUUGGACGACGACCACCAUCCUGACUCAACCAACUGCUCAUGGCAUUACCAACCACCUUUCCGUCCGAUUGGCACCCUUGUAAAGGAUGCAUCUGCAACAACCACGCCAUCCCAUCCUACAAAUUCUCCGUUACCGAUGCAGAUAGUCCCAUCGCUGAUCAUACAGAUCUUAGAAAACUCACACGCUCCAACGAUGCACCCAACCCGUCUGAAGAGAAAACUCUUCAGGGGAUGCUAUCAGAUUCUGGAAAACGUAUUGACGCCCUUGAUGCUCAGGUGCUGGAGUUGAAGGCGUUGAGACAGGAUCUCGUACAAUCGAUCACACGCGUCGACCAAAAUCUGGCUGCGCUGGAUAAAGAGCGGCGACGCCUCUCCGAUAGCGUUCGAGAACGACGCCUUCUUCUCAGCGCUUUGCGUCGUAUGCCCAAAGAAGCCCUUGCUCACAUCUUCCUUCACGCCGUUGUCUUUCCUUUUCCGCGGGUAGAGCCCACGGGGAAUCUGUUGUCCUAUGGCGAUUGGUCGGCAUUUUCUGCCAGUAAACAUCCACUCUUAUCGUUUGAACUGGUUUCUCGUAACUGGAAGGACGUCCUUGACGCAUUCCCCAACCUGUGGUCUUAUGUCAAUAUCCUCAUCGACCGAAUGCUUUUCAGUACCUACACCCGCUAUAUUGGAAACCAGUUGUCUCGCUCUCGACAGUGCCCCUUAUCCAUCUCAAUAUGCCACAGUGAGAACACCUCGGUUACCAGGCUUGGUGCCUUUCCUGUCGCUAUCUCAAUGGCUCUCUCCUCUGUCAGCCAUAGGGUACGAACCCUCCAUCUUUGCCUCCCUGGCAGAUGCUUCGCCUAUAUGCAGCAACUCCAUCUAUCUUUCCCCAGUCUACAAGAACUUGUUCUUCUUUCAUCGUCCGAAACUUCAGAGGUUGCCCAGCAUCUCUAUUUUGGUUCACUUCCGUGUUUGCGGGUCUUCCGUGCCACGGACGUCAGUAACAUUGAUAAGCUAUCCCUCCCUUGGCACCAAAUCACUCAUUUUACAAAUGUGCACACGCGGGCAGGACGUGAGCCACCUGUUCGUCGUGUUCUGGAUAUCUUAAAAAUGAUGUCCCGACUAGCCAUCUGUCAUCUUUCCCUUGACCGGCAAUCUUUGGCAACUGAGGUUGUGGAGGAGAUGACUCUUAGCCAGCUACAUUCACUCACACUUUCAAAUGUGUACAGCCAAGUUGACUCCGUCCCACCUGUGAUUCCCAUUGUACUCAACUCCCUCAUACUUCCUGCCCUGUUGGAUCUUUCAGUAACUUGCUUCCUCGACCUCGACAACACUUGGCGGGACCGGGUCGUUUUUGCUUCUAUCCGGCAGCUCAUCGAACGUUCUCAUAGUCCCCUUACGUCUCUCUACUUCGGCAAUGGAAAAAUCUUAAAGGAUGACCUUAUUCACAUUCUUUCGAGUACACCCUCCCUCCAGGAUAUACGACUAAUAAAUAUGAACGGAGUGAUAACAGACGAAGUCCUCAACGAUCUCACUCGUAGAGUUGACACAGGGUCUGGCUCUCAUGUCCCAAUGCUUGUCCCACACCUGCACACGCUGCAUCUCAGUGGCUACUUCUCCUUUCAAGUGGAACUCUAUGUACAGAUGGUCGAAUUUCGGUGGAUGUGUCGUCCGCGCCACCUCAAGUCGGUGACUAUUUGUCGAUUUUUCAGAUCCUGGGACGUGAAUUACAGGGAAGAGGAAGUAAAAUUACUGGUCUUUUCUAGGCUUGAUGUGCUACAGUCAGAGGGAUUGGAUGUGACUAUGAGUAUGCAAAGUGUAUGAUUGUAGCGCCUAGCGCUUUGACCAAAAACCUC